AUGGCCGAGGCAUCAUCUAAAGGCAGGUGCAGCUCCCUCUAUGAGCAACUGCCUCUACCGCCAGGUUCGAUCCGGCUCCUCCGCCUCGCCAACAAGACAAACAAUGGCAACGGCGACAAUAGCAACAAACUUUCCGAGGCGGUGACAGGCCAGCUUGCGACCUUUUCACUUAACCAACCUGACUGCCCUUCUUUUACCACCGUCUCGUACACGUGGGGCACUGAAUAUGCCGAUGAGCACAUCCAUAUAAGCGGUCAUCAGAUCCGCGUCCUACAAAAUCUCCUGCCAUUCCUGCGCAUGAUCAGCUCGCGAAGACAUCUGGGGGGUCAAGACUUGCGUGACGAGGAGGACGACGACGACAAGGAGGGGGAGAAGACCGACGACGACGAUCACGACGACGACGCCGACAAAUGGCUCUGGAUUGACUCGAUAUGCAUCAACCAGACUGACCUUGCCGAGCGGGCAUCACAGGUCCAUCUGAUGGGUCAGAUCUAUCAUCAGGCAGCUCGGACGCUGGUCUGGCUCGGGGAGCGGACCGAGGAGACGGACCAAGCCAUUGCCUUCCUGUCACUCCUGGGCCGGAGACGCAAGGAAUUUCGGGCUGCUGUACACAAACGCAGGAUACGAAUCCCGCCGGACCUCCAAGGCCACCCUGGCUGGCGAUCUCUGGACGGUUUUUUGCAGAACACCUGGUGGCGGCGUGUAUGGACGCUGCAGGAGUUUAUCGUCCCGCGAGACUUGUGCUUCCACUGUGGGCCCACGUCCUUGACCCGUGAGGCCUUCCGCCAAGGCAUCGAUGCCCUCGAGCUCUUUAGCAGCUUCAAGGCCUACGUCCGGCCUUCUGUGUGGACGACAGCGUGGAACCGACGUCGCAUCAUGGACUGGUACCAGGUGGAACCCACCCGCCACAAUAUGAGCCUGAUCUCGCUGAUGGCGUUUUGUGGGGACUACGGGGUGACAGAUGCCAGAGAUCGAAUAUGGGCAGUUCACGGCCUGGCCAGAGAGCAAGACCGGCAGAUGAUCGGAAGGCCAACAUAUGACGACGACGCGAGCACGCUCUGGAUAAGGCUUGUGCGACAGUUUGUGGAUACAUUCAACUGCCUCGAUAUCAUCUGCUUCGCACAGCUGUUCCACAAUCAACAUCCAGACUGGCCCUCGUGGGCCCCCGACUGGCGAGUCCCCGUGCUGCAACCCUCCGUUGUGCCGCUGAUGGUCAGCCAGAGCACCAACGAGCACCUAGCCAACUUUCGACCGGUGAGAAAGCCGCGGGACCACAAGAGAGACGCUGCCUAUAAGGCGAGCAAAGAGGAGCCUCCUAGAAUCAAGUCUUGGGGCUCGCCGCCUGGCGGUGGGCAUCUUGUAUGUGAAGGCAUAUUGCUUGAUCAUAUAGACGGCUUGGGACCCAUCCCGCACGAGCCGGCCACGGUAGUCGAGUCCACAUCUCGAAUGAACAUAAAGACUACACACUACGCACAACAAGAAAAAGACAGGUGGGUUAUACUGCAGAGCGUAACCCGAGCCCUCGUCCUCGAUCGGCUGGACAGAUUUCUGGAGCGUGCUGCGCCCGUUUCUCAGUACGCACGAGAUCUCAGGCACCUCGUAGCAGCUUAUGGCGACCAAGACAACGCCAGCGGAGCAGCACCUAAAUGGUUCGGACGGUGGUGGCGGCGCCAUGCGGAUCCAGCACUGCGCAUCAAAGGGUGGACUCUGGGGGAGCUGUGUGUGUCGGACCAGCGUGAUGAAACCAGGCAAUCUGCUCCGAUGGGGCCAAAAAGCUUCUUGUCCAGGCUUCGGGGUACUAUGGAGGCUCAGAACAGACGGCUCAUGGUGACCAAUCUAGGCUUUCCCGGCAUGGCUCCGAGGCGGGCACAAAAAGGGGAUGCCGUGUGUGUACUGUUUGGCUGCAACGUUCCGGUCGUUCUACGCCGGCGAGAACAACAAGACCCCCAGGGUAUUUCGGUCUUUGAGCUCGUCGGAGAGUGUUUCGUGGAUGGAUUCAUGAAGGGCGAGGCCCUCCGGACCGGUAAGCCGACCGAGGAUUUCGCCAUCGCGUGA